AUGGGAGAUAUUCUGAAGCUGGCUGGCAUGUCUAAUUGCAAACCGCUUGCCACUCCGGCCUCGAUUUCUCGGACUGAGUCUUCUGAUGAGCUGUAUGAAAAUCCUACUCAGUAUCGCAGUCUAGCAGGUGCCUUGCAGUAUCUUACUAUUACCCAGCCAUAUUUAUCUUAUGCGGAGCUUCUGAAGCGCGUCUUGCGUUAUUUCAAGGGUACGGUAGACUUUGGGAUAUGGUUGGCUGCUUCUUCAUCUACUGAUCUUCAUGCCUUCUCAGAUUCGGACUGGGCUGGCUGUUCUGUUGAUAUGAAGUCGACUAGUGGUUUUGUGAUGUUUCGGCGGAGGUUACUUGGAUUGUGUCAUUGUUACGAGAUUGGUUUUCCUCCUGGUGCUACGCCGCGCUUGUGGUGUGAUAAUCUUGGUGCGACGUAUCUUUGUGCUAAUCCUGUGUUUCAUGCGAGGACGAAGCACGUUGAGAUCAAUUUUCACUUUCUCCAGGACAAGGUGGCUACUGGGGAGCUGCAAGUUAGUUUUAUUUCCACCAAAGACCAGUUGGUUGAUAUCUUCACCAAACCACUGCGGACUCUGCGUUUUGAGUUUCUACGUGACAUGCUUAUUAUCGUGUCUCUCCCUUCUUGA